GGCAACCAUACCGCAAACGGGAUAGCGCUGGGCUGAAAGAGUAUCAGCUUAUCCAUCAUCUCGCCCGUGAAGUUUCCGACAAUAUUGCGCCUUUUUUACAGAGGAUUCCGCCUGUCUCCAUCCCAGCACUUUCUCUUCCCUUGUUUACUACAGCGAUGUCCGGGUGGCGCAACCGUCUUCCGCUGAUGUCCGAUUCUUCGUAGCCAUUUCCUAAGGAUGGCGAGCGUUAUACUUCGAUAUACUUGAAUAGCUUCAAGUUGCUUGUUUAGGAUCUAGGUUUCUUAACCCUGAAUUAGUGACUCGUUACCCCGAUAGAUUCGAAAGCGCCAUGACCAAAGGCUGCUACACCUGCCGCCGCCGGCGCAUCAUCUGCGACAAUGGCCUCCCCACGUGUCGAAAGUGUCGAGAUGCGGGGAAGGAAUGCUUGGGCUAUCAGAAACCCCUGGUCUGGGUAAAGGGUGGUGUGGCCAGUCGAGGAAAAAUGAUGGGGCGCAGCUUUGAUGAUGUUGUGCAGAACACUUCAGAUCGCGGUAGUGAGGACGGUUCUCCUGCCGCCGCCGAUCCCCCGCCUCCCGAAGUUGACGCCCAGGGUCAAGAUAAUUUGGAUAUUGAUUCGGACGAUGUGCCCCAGCCAUCGACCUUUGGUGAUACCCCUGAUGCGGCACAGUGGGGGAACAGCUUCGAUUUAGUUGUUCCAGAGGCGAACCUUUCCGUGGUGGACCAUGUUCCCUCGCCGCGGGGCAUGGUUGAUCCAUUAUUCAAAGACAUGGAUUCGUUAUCAAGGUUCUACAUCUCGCAUUUCCACCAGAAUGUAGUGGGCUGUCUCGCCUUUUAUUCCAACGUCAGGAACCCGUACCGCGAUCUAACGGUCUUAGUGGGUGACUCCCCCGUUCUCGCCCAUGCGCUUGCUGCCACUGGGGCUCUACACUAUGCGUUGCUGGCGAGCUGUGACUUCUCGCCAACGCCGUGGCUGUCGGAUGGCGCUUCGGUCACUGGGGCCCUUCCAUCCCCGCAGGAUGUUGAAAAGGCGGUGAUCAGUUCUAUGUCACGACGCCCUGCGUCCAAGUUCUAUGAACAAUUCUUAAAAUUGAAACAACGCACUCUGCGUCAACUGUCGCUGGACUUGCAAGACCCCCUCAAACAGAACGACACCAAGACACUAGCAGUGAUUAUGGUUCUUGCUUUGAUGGAUGCUAUCGAAUCAGGCGACGGCGCAUGGAAGUACCAUCUGGAAGGCGUCAAGAAACUUCUGAUGAGCCGGCAAAGCAAAAGCCCAUCUAGUCCGACACAGCGCAUGAUCGACUGGCUGGACGCAUUUGUACUUGAUGGCUGUCUCGUCAUGCAAGUCAUGGGCGCAACACUCGCAAGGCCCGGGUCUCUCUCCAAACCCUUCUACUCCUCAGACAUGGGCCCAGAAACCCUGAAACGUCUCGAAGAAACCGCCUGGAUCGGAUGUCCCGCCUACCUCCUCGAAGUCAUUUUCUUCGUCCACGAAGGUUGGUGCGUCGACCCAGACCCCAGCACCAACCCGCCGGCCAUGAACUACUCCUCGACAUUCCUCCCGAAGGGCUCCAACCCCCUGCUCCAACCCCCCACCGCCCUCCUCCAGCAUAUCCAAGCCUUCGACCCAGUUGCCUGGGCAGAAGAAAUGCAAAGCUUCCUCCACCUCCCCGACCUCUCCGUCCGGACCGCGCUAGCAACCAUCUGGCGCUCCGCCGUCUACCUCUACACCAGCCGUGUCCUCUCCCGCCCCCGCGCCCACGGCCGCGCGAAAUCCACCAUCCCAGGCCUCCCACCCGACCACAAAGCCAUCACCAACCUCCUGAUCCAGCAAAUCCCCCUAAUCCCCGUCGCAGACGACCACUUCAAAUGCCUUAUCUGGCCGACCUUCAUCGCCGGCGCAGAAUGCACCGAUCCUUCCCUCCGCCCCAUCCUCCUCCAGACCCUCAGCGCCAUCUACUACGACGUCACAUCCGUGAACGUCCGCAACGCAGCCUGGGUCCUAAGUCUGAUGUGGCAGAAGCGGGACUCGAAACGGGCUCAGCAGCAGCAGCAACAGCAGCAAGAUAAUAACCCCUUUGGGUCCUUUGUCCAUGAUGAUGGGGACGAUUUCGACUGGAUCCAGGAACUGGAUGAUUCGAGGAUCGAUUGGUUAUUCAUAUGA